CUUUUUCGACUGAUCUUAUUACAGCGCUGACGUAAAGACUCAAUUGUGCCAGAUCAACGUCAACCGCCCUGAAAAAUAAAUCAUCCUAAGCUGACAUCUUUGGGAUUUCUUACUUUAUCUUCUGAUUAAUCCCCCCUAUUGUAUCAUCUCUUUUACUGGCUUUGUUAUUACUAUUCUGGGCCCCUCUCUCACCCAAGUCUCAUCGUUAUCUUUGACCUACCAGCUUAGUCAAAUCCACUCGCAGCAUCUUCGUCCCUAUCGCCACUUUGUACAGUCCCGGAAACGGCACCACUCCACUUCGACUUCAGUGGGACCCGUUUGGUCGGACCGGAGGGCCAUUCUGGACAUGAGCCCGUAGAUCAGGAUAGCAAAUUUCGAGUCAUAGCCUGGCCCGUUUAUUUUUUUUUCCAGUUUCUCACUUUUUGCUUUUGUUCUUCACACAUCCUCGCCUCGAGGUCUGCCUUACUGUCAAACCUUCCAGACCAUCCCUGCGAUUCCUCCUCUACACUUCCCCCUCAUCGCCUAUCCUCUCCAGUGAUCCAAUCGCUCCUCAAUCACUGCUGCGAAGGGUAAAACCCCUGAAAUGGCGCUCAGCUUCUUUAGUGGCGCCGGAAGCGCCAGCAACGCCAAGUAUUUCGACAUUCGCUUGAAUGAUGAGUACAUCGUUUUUCGCGGCGGCGAGCAUGAGGCCGCCAGCGCUCAUCUGAAAGGUACUCUGGUGCUCUGUCUGUCGGAGCCGCUCACGAUCAAGCAUAUCCGCUUACAGCUGACGGGCAUGUCGCGCGUUUGCUGGCACCUCCCCUCUAGUUCGACCGCCGGCGGCCGCAAGUCAUGGAGAGAACGAGUCUUUUACGAUAAGACAUGGCGAUUCCGUGACCCUGGCAAGGGAAAGACUGAGAUCCUGGCGGCCGGCAACUACGAGUACCCAUUCGACGUGGUGCUUGAGGGAUCUAUGCCGGAGAGCGUGGAGGGCUUGUCGGAGACCUGGGUGAUGUACCGCUUCAAGGCGGAGAUUGGGCGCAAAUAUGCCAAAGACAUUGUUGCACGGAAACCCCUGCGGAUCAUCCGAACUCUUGAUCCCAGCGCUUUGGAACUGUCACACGCAAUGUCGGUGGACAACAUCUGGCCUAACAAAAUCGAAUACUCCAUCAGCACGCCGACCAAGGCGGUCGUCUUCGGCACUUCCAUUCGCGUCGAUUUCAAAUUGAUCCCGCUACUCAAGGGCCUGAGCAUCGGUCAAAUUACGUCACAACUCAUCGAAAGCCACGACCUCACGCUUAACCCAGAAGAUCCGGACUCUAUUCGCAAUACGUACAAAAUUACCCGGACGAUCUUGACCGACGAGCAUCAGGUGGAUGAGGAUAAUUUCGAAAUCAUCGAGGAGGCCGCAGAGGGAUACCAGUUCACGCGCUAUCUCGAUAUGCCACAAACAUUGACCCGCUGUCUGCAGGAUACGGAUACCAAGGGCAUCAAGAUCCGUCAUAAGAUGAAGUUCCGUAUUCAACUGCACAACCCCGAUGGCCAUGUCAGCGAGCUCCGAGCGACUCUCCCCGUAUCCAUCUUCAUCUCCCCCAACAUGCCCAUUGACGAAAACAACAACAUCCGUGACCAAGUCCCCGCCGCCGCGCGCCGAACGGUAGACGAAUUCGCCAACCAGGCCCCGCCACUGUACAGCGAACACCAAUUCGACCAACUGUACAGCGAGCUCGACCCCAGCGGCUACCGCACUCCAGGCCCCGGCAGCGGUGGCCCCGGCACACCCUUCGGCCCUCUGAGCCGCAACAUCUCGGCAGAGAACCUGGCGUCCAUGAACGCCUUGACCGACACUGAUAUUUCAGCCUCUGCGCUUCACACCCGUCUGACAAACCUGCACGCCAACCGCCUCGGCCACCAAUCCCCCAACGAGGUGUCUCAUGACUCUCCUACUGAGAGUCACCCCAACUCACGACAGCUGAACGUUCACUUCGGAGACUAUUUCGGUCCUUCGUCUGGUUCCAACUCACACAGCCCGGGCAGCCCUGAACUGUCCCGCCGAACCUCGGACGAGGUCGAUCACGAGCGCAUCCCAUCCGGCAUGGCUACCCCGUUCCACCCUCAGUAUGCCGAGGUUGAGACGCUCAGUCGCGUGCCUAGCUACUCGACUGCGGUCCGCGCCGCCGUGGGCCCUUGUGACUCCAACCUCCCCGACUACAAUGCCGUGAUUGCUAGUGACCUGCCCACUCCCCCGGUCCUUCAGUCCCCCCAGCAGGCCCACAUUCGCAGUGGCCGUAGCAGCGGGUUUUCUACACCUCUAGAGGUGAAUCGCCCCGGAUAUUUCCAUGCUCCCGGCGCCAACGCUGACGAUGCCGAACGCAGGCUCCGAUUAGUACAGGCCCGCGGUAGAGGUUGAAGAGAACUCUUUCUCAUGAUACCCUUCCUUCCUUCCUCUUCGAUAUUCUCACAUCCCUGCUUGCACUCUUCUCUCUCUCUCUCUCUCUCUCUCUCUCUCCGGAUGUGAUUCUCUCAAAAACUCCUUCCAAUGUCAGUGCUGGCCACGAUACCAUCCCAUGUUCCCCACCUUUUUGCAUGAUUCUCUCUCCCCUGAUCUGAUUCUCACAAAUUCCCUCUUGUGUUGGUGCUGGACACGACACCAUCAUAUGUUCUACAUUCAUCCGUCCUUCCCCUUCUCAACUGGAAUACUUUAGCAUUCCUGCUGAAAUACCGUCUUCUUCAUCGCAUCUCCUAGGAAAUGGUUCAUACCCUGCUCUUGUUUUGUUUGUUUUCUCGGCGUUCGGAUACUAUUUCUCCAUAGACAGGGUGGGCCAUCUCGGCCAUCUCAUAGACGGGCAUGAUUGUUUGUUUUCUUCCCUUCUUCUCUACGAACCAGCUGAAUGUGGAGAACCCAGCCUCCCGCAGCACACGAGUCACGCAUAUGAAUGUAUUUGAUUUUAAACACCAUGUACUCUAAUCUUUCUACGGUAUCUACUGGAUUUCCCUCCUAAUAAAAUCAUCAUAAGUGAACGAAC